AUGCCGUAAUGGUAAGGUUGGUAAACUAAUUACUGCUAAUUAGCAUUUAGCAAUGGUAGUGGAAAAACUCGUGUUGGUGACAAGGCAAGCCAUCGUGCACCACACAUACACCUAACCCACCACCUUCGCCACAUCACAUCCUCACCACAACAUUGUCACAUACACACAUACUCUACUCUUUCUCUCUCUCUCUCUCUCUCUCUCUCUCUCUCUCUCUUUUGUUUUCUGUGGCCACAUGAACUCCAACAACACCACCUCCAAUACUCAGUCAAUGGUGACACCAACGCCAACUGCCACAACCGCCACCACCGCCACUGAUGCCUCUGCCAAGAAGGUCAGAAAGCCUUACACCAUUACCAAGUCCAGAGAGAGCUGGACUGACGAAGAACACGACAAGUUUCUAGAAGCUCUUCAGCUAUUUGACAGAGAUUGGAAGAAAAUUGAAGAUUUUGUAGGAUCCAAAACAGUUAUUCAGAUCCGAAGCCAUGCCCAAAAAUACUUUUUGAAAGUUCAAAAGAAUGGAACAGUAGCACAUGUUCCUCCUCCUCGCCCUAAGCGCAAAGCCGCACAUCCCUACCCACAAAAGGCAUCAAAAAAUGUUUUGAUGGCACUGCCAGCAUCCAUUGCUUAUGCUCCUUCGACAAAUGCCCUUGCACCUGGGUAUGCCACAUGGGAUGAAGCUUCUCUGCUGGUGAACACCGGAUCAAAUAAAUCAUUGACCUGUCAAGAUGAACUCAGCAAUCUUCAUGGAAACGAAGCUGAUAUUGGAUCGAAGGGGAUAACACAGAUUAGUAACAGCAGUCUUAAUGGUGUCGGGAACUCAACUAGAAAGCUAUUGUCUUCUGAGAUACCAAAGCAAGGGAAACCAGCGCCAGUUAUUCAUGGUUUGCCAGAUUUUGCCGAAGUUUACAGCUUCAUUGGAAGUGUUUUUGAUCCUGAUACAAAUAACCAUGUCGAGAAGCUGAAGGAAAUGGAUCCUAUAAAUUUUGAAACUGUUUUGUUGUUAAUGAGAAACCUCACUGUCAACUUGUCUAGCCCUGAAUUUGAGCCGAUGAUGUCAAACUGUUUAACUAUUAGCAAUUUGUUAAUUUGUUAGGUAGGUCAAAUUUGGAAGGAAGACUUGGGAGAAUUUGCUUAGCCAGCAGUGAAUUUUGAUAUUGUUCUUGCUCUAAAGCCUGUAAAUGUAACCUUUGUCCUUUGUAAAACAAUAGCCAGAGAUAGUGUAUCAGUGUAUGUUAGAAAUGCUGAACAGAAUAAUACAUUUUCAGCUUUUUCUAAGGUCCACAGCAAUUGUUGUAUUGCAGUGAUUCUUGUUGCUAUAUUUUUAGAAAUAUUGUCUUCUACUACUACUAGUACACAGGGUCAAUAUAUUAAAAUGUUUGUAAUAGUAUAUAUAUCUGUAUGAAAAAAGCAGAGGAAAAAGAGGAAAAAGGAUGCUUUACUUGUCAA